UGAGUUUCUGUUUUCUCUAAAGAAAAAACUAAACUGAGUUCAUCAGGACCUUCUCAGCAACACAGCGGAGUCCCUGCGAAACACUGUGUGUAGAUCAUGGCCGCUGCCAGCUGUCUGCUGACUGAAGAUCAGUUUCUGUGCUCCAUCUGUCUCGAUGUUUUCACUGAUCCAGUCACUACACCAUGUGGACACAACUUCUGUAAAAACUGCAUCACUGAACACUGGGACAUUAAUGUCCCUUGCCUCUGUCCUGUGUGUAAAGAGGUUUUUUACACAAGACCAGAGCUGCGGGUCAAUACUUUGAUCUCUGAGAUGGCUGCUCACAGCUCAGAGCUACAGCGUGCCACAUCAGAAGAUAUUUGCUGUGACAUCUGCACUGGAACCAAACUGAAAGCCCUGAAGUCCUGUCUGGUGUGUCUGUCCUCCUACUGUGAGACUCACCUGGAGCCUCACCUGACAGUCACAGGUCUCAAAAAACAUCAGCUGAUCAGUCCUGUGGAAAAUCUGCAAGGUAGGAUGUGUAUGAAGCACGAUAAACCUCUGGAGCUAUUCUGUAAGACCGACCAGACAUGUGUCUGCAUGCUCUGCAUGGUUUUAGACCACAGGACACAUGAUGUUGUUCCUCUGAAAAAAGAAUAUGAAGAAAAAAAUGCUGAGCUGGAGAAGACAGAGUCUGAAAUUCAGCAGAUGAUCCAGAAGAGACGACUGAAGAUUCAGGAGUUCAAACACUCAGUGAACCAAAGCCUGGCUGAGUUCACUGAGAUGAUCAAAGACAAGCAGAGACCAACAAAGAAACAGGCUGAAGGCUUGAUCAUAGAGCUUGAACAGGAAAUCUUGGACCUGAUGAAGAGAAGCAAUGAGCUGGAGCAGCUCUCAUGUUCUGAAGACCACCUCCAAUUCCUCCAAAGCUUCCUGUCCUUAAAGGAUGCUCCACCCACCAAAGACUGGACAGACAUCAGUGUCCGUCCACCAUCAUAUGAGGGGACUGUGGUAACAGCUGUAGUUGAGCUGGAGAAGAAACUCAGGAAAGACAUAAAGAAUGUCUUUAAGGUGGAGCUGAAGAGGGUCCAGCAGUAUGCAGUGGAUGUGACCCUUGAUCCUGAGACAGCAAAUCCGUGGCUCAUCCUGUCUGGUGAUGGAAAACAAGUGACAUUUGGUGAUGUAAAUAAGAAUCUUCAAGACAGUUCAAGCAGGUUUUCUUAUUAUGCAAGUGUCUUAGGGAAGCAGAGUUUUACUACAGGAAGAUUUUACUAUGAGGUUCAGGUUAAAGGGAAGAGUAAGUGGGUUUUAGGAGUGGCCAGGGAGUCAGUCAACAGGAAGGGGCAAAUCACACUGAAUCCUCUGAACGGUUACUGGACCGUAUCUCUGAGGAACGGAAAUGAGUACAAAGCUCUUGCUGAUCCAUGUGUCCAUCUCUCUCUGAAGUCAAAGCCUGAGAAGGUGGGGGGGUUUGUGGAUUAUGAGGAGGGUCUGCUCUCCUUCUAUGAUGUUGAUGCUGCAGCUCUCAUCUACUCCUUUACUGGCUGCUCCUUCACUGAGAAACUCUACCCAUUCUUCAAUCCCUGUAAUAAUGAUGGUGGGAAAAACUCUGACCCUCUGGUCAUUUGUCCAGUCCGUAACAUCAAGGUUAACUUAGUACGAAUAUAUUCAAGAAUACGAAAAAAUCCAUAA